AUGGUGACAGAUGCCGGUGCGCGGCCCAAGAAGGUCUCCGCUAAACGCAAGGGCAAUCAGAAGUCUCUGCGCGAAAGAAGAGAUAUUGACAUUAUGAAUACAAAUGAUAGUAGCAUUGUAUCUAAGAGAAGCGUUUCCAAACUGUAUCUUAGCCACGAACCGGACUUUUACGAGCCAUUUGUGCCAAAAUUUGUUCGUCGUAACCCGCUCAUAAACCGCGGCUAUUGGCUGCGAAUGCACGCCAUUGAGCAAGCAGUCCAUCGGUUUCUGGAAGAAGAAAAUGGCAAGUCAAAAGUCGUUGUAAAUCUUGGAUGUGGAUAUGAUCCCUUGCCCUUCCAGUUCUGGCACAGAUAUACCUCUCUCGCACAAUCGGCUACCUUUGUAGAUGUUGAUUAUCCGCAAUUGAUGGAGAAAAAGCGGGAUCGCAUGCUAAGCAAUGACCUCCUUCGAAACGCCCUGUUGAAGACCAAGCUCCGUCAGACUGAGCAGCCUAUACUUCUUCGCAGUGACAGUUAUAUGGCGCUAGGCUGUGAUCUCAAAGAUCUUGCAACACUCGAAAAAGUUCUUCGAGCCGAGUUUGAUAUUUCGGCAACUUCAAUUUUAUUUGUUGCCGAAGUGUCUGUGACUUACAUGCCGCUCAAGGACUCUGAUGCACUGAUACAGUGGGCCAGCACCAUCGGAGACGCCCGCUUCUGUAUACUAGAACAGUAUCUUCCUCAAGGCCCAGAACACCCCUUCGCUAAAACUAUGCUCUCUCACUUUGACAAAUUGCAGGCGUCAAUCAAAGCGGUUAAGCUACAUUCAUCACUGGAUCAACAAGCAGCUCGGUUCCGCAACGCCGGUUGGCCAACGCUUGUCAUGGCUCGUAAUCUGUGGGACCUCUGGUCCGAUGAUUCGUUUACCCCUUCUAGCCUCAGACGUACGAUCAAUGCCACUGAGCCGUUUGACGAGUGGGAGGAAUUCGCGCUAUUCGGCGGCCAUUAUUUCCUGCUUGUCGCCUCCAACGUGGAGACACAGGGGUCAAAUGAGCCGAUCCACCAGGAGAUAGCCACUAAGAGUGUGAAUGACACAAACGCGGGGAGUAUUACCCUGCAUUGUUGGAAGCAGCACACUGAUGCUACCUUGACGCCGCGCCGUUUCUCGGCGGCUUUCACACUGGACAACGGUACAGUGGUCCUUCACGGAGGACAGGGAACGCAAACCCGUCUCGCUGAUAUGGACAUGCUGAGACAGGAGGACUCUGACCAGGAUCGUGCCAUUCAACCUGGUAAUCUGCUACCUACUGCACGCAUGUGCCAUGCAAUCACAUUGAUGCAAGAUGGUGAGGCGUUGUUGGUCGGAGGACGUGGGUCACCCACCCAAGCAUGCGCAGAUUGCUGGCUCUUCAAGCAUGGAACUUGGACCAAAGUAGAUGAUCUCGUCCCAGCUCGUUAUCGUCACUCAGCAGUUGCUGUCCAACUAGGAUCUGGCGAGGCACAGACGCAUGGAGUGCUAGUAUUUGGCGGCAAAGCCAGUGACGGCACAGUACUUGACGCCAACGAUUACUGUGCUCUGUGGACUGCCAACACCGGCUGGCACAGCAUUUCCGUCGACGGAACGCACCCGUCUCCACGUUUUGGUGCCGCAACGUGUACGAUAAACUCAGCCAGAAACUGCGGGUUGCUCACAGGAGGCGGCAACGAGAGCGGCGUGGUUGUCGACGACGCCUUAUGGGAGUGGUCCAUUUCCGCCACACCAACACCACGAGUGAGCUUCAAGGACCGCACCAAUGACAUGCGCAGUAGCCUGACAAAUUCUGCAUACGCGCGUAUAGGCUCUGCUUUAGUCCCCUGGAACGAUGCUCUGUUGAUGAUUGGAGGUGUCUCGAAGAAGAAUAUCCACAGUCUAUCAGACGACUUUCUGCUCUUGACAUGCAAGGACACGAUCAUCCAAGUGGAGCAUCCCAGCGUGCACGUCUUGCCCCACACGUCGUGGCCUUUGCUAGUGGGUGUAGGAGCCGUUUCACCCUCUCGAGGCGAGAUUGUGCUUGCAGGAGGAGGAGCGGUAUGUUUUUCGAUGGGCAGCUACUGGAACCAAGAUCCGAUUUCCAUCCUCCCUGGCGCUACGCAAGGGGCCAAGUCGUGGCGUCGUGUUGGGCCGAGUCAGGCUGGCAGCGGCACAGCAGGCACAAAAGGCACAGGACAAGCGAAUGCAGCUGAAACAAGACGUGAUGGUCGUCGAGAGAAGGCAAGCGGGAAAAAGAGGCCUGUAAUGGCGGCACGUACGGCCGAGAUCCAAAGGACCCAGGUCAGUUCGUCAGAUGACUUUGCGAGACUCGUUGCCUCCUCGAAACCCGCCAUCAUCACCGGCCUUGACAUUGGCCCGUGCACAGAUCUUUGGACUCUGGACUACCUGAAAGAGAAAAUUGGUCCAGAAAGGGAAAUCGUAGUUCAUGAGUGCUCAUCCGAUCGGAUGACUUUCAAGGACAAGAAUUUCUCCUACGUGAAGAAAUCCACCGCCGACUUCCUCAACUGCAUCGCAAAAGGCUCCCAUGAAUAUUUGCGUGCUGUAUCAUCGAGCCAACCAAACAAGCUACCUACAAAACUCGAAGAAGAUUUCCCUAGCAUUGCUGAUGAUUUCAGAAUCCCAGAUGUAUGUGACGUAGUUAAGGAAAACUAUCACAGCUCUCCGCUCCGCAUCUCAGGCCCAGUGUCUCUAUGGCUACACUACGACGUCCUAUCCAACAUCCUAUGCCAAGUCCACGGCAAGAAGACACUGUUUCUCUACCCACCCUCUGAUGUUUCCCUCUUGGACUUCCCACCGGGAGGUUCCUCAUCAAACACCGAUGUCCUGACAUCCAAGAACCAUAAGCUACGUCGUACACACCCGCACGUAGCGUCUCUCGCGCCCGGAGAUAUCCUCUUCAUUCCUCCUAUGUGGAGUCACACGGCGACGCCAGAGGAUGGUGUUAGUGUCGCGGUGAAUGUGUUUUGGAGAGGCCUGGAUAAGGGGUAUGCGGCGGGCAAGGAUGUCUAUGGGAACAGGGAUUUACAAGCCUACGAGAACGGGAGGAGGGAUGUAGAAAAGAUUUUGAGAGCAUUCAAGGAUAUACCAGGGGAUGUGGCGAGGUUCUAUCUUGAGAGGUUGGCAGGGGAGAUUUUGGAGAAGGCACAGAAAAUCGGCGGGGAGAAGGAUGUGAAGCAUGAUGAAGAGAAAGUGUAG